AUGUCGGAUGAUGAGUUUGAGGAAAAGAAGCCGCAGCACAAAGCCAAACCGGCUGCAAGAAAAGAGAAAUAUGAUGCAUUAGUAAUGGUGAUUGAUUGUGGUAAGACGAUGAAUGAAGUAGAAGAUGCGAGAAGCCAUUUCUCUAUGGCAAAGGAAGCUGCUGACUGGAUUAUUUCCAGAAAGAUAUUCACUCAAUCCAAAGAUAGAAUCUCAAUAGUGUUAUUCGGAAGUGAGGAAACGAAGAACAAUCUUGAUAUACCUCAUGUAUAUGUGCAAGACGAAGUUCUAUCUCGUGUAAGCUUCGAUCAUCUUCGCUUUUUAAAUCGGGAAGUCAAUAACAACUGCAAAGUUGUUGGAAAUGCUGUCGAUGCUCUGGUCGUAGCAACGGACUUUCUUCACCACCAGACCGAUGGAGACGCAGCAGUGAAGUCGAAAAAUAUCUUGCUUUUCACAAAUGACUUGGCAAAGAGUACGAGUCGUAAAACAGAGGUGUCUGCCGUGAUCAAUGGAAUAAAUGCCAUGGAAGCCACAUUAGUUGCAAUUGGCGUCGACAGCGAUUCAGCUACAGGCGAUAAAGCCGAUUCUUCAGUGCUAAAUAUCGUCAAGCGCACUGACGGGAUUAACUACGGCUUCAGUCGGGCUAUUCGAAAAAACUGGGAGAUAGCGCCUGGAGUUCGUCUUCCUCUUGCAAUGUACACAAAAGCUGUGAUGGCUAAAAAUCCUUUGAAGAGUGUACUCGUCAAUGAGGAGGGAGUGGAGAUGCAUAGACAGACUCGUUUUUUGAGUACCUCUAAAAACGUCAGUGCUGCGGCAGAGUCGGAUGCAGAACUCGAUGAUCUUGAAGAUGAAGAAAAGAGAAUUCAAGUUUACUACUUCGGAGACACGAAAGUGCCUAUAGGAGAAGAUGAUGAAUCUCGGUACAAUAGACAUAAUUUUAACGAAGGCGAACAAAGAGGCUGCAUGAAACUCAUCCAGUUCACUAAAAGAGAAAACAUAAAGGAAUGCUACUUCAUCGGUCGCAAUUCGUUUGUUGUUGUUCCUGGCUGGGAGAAAAAGACUUCCGAGAGAGAUCUGGAAGCUAUGCGUACGACAUUGUCGCUGAUUUCUGCAAUGUUGGAGAACGACGUCGUGGCCAUCUGUCGAUACGCCCCUGAUGCUGCUAAACAUCUACAGUUAAUGGCCCUUAUUCCUCAUCGGGAUGAAGAGCUCGAUUUUGUUUAUCUUCAAGCUUUACGUCUACCAUUUGCAGAGGAUAUGCGUCCGUUCAAUUUCGUGAAUGUUUCCGAAAGUUGUCCGAAACCGAAUCACAAACAAGUGAAUCUGAUUGACGAACUCAUUGAUGUGAUGCAGUUCAAUGCUGAAAGCGGGUUAAUGGAAGCUGAAUGCGUGUUAAAUCCGUUUUUCCAACGACAAUGUACUGCCAUGAAACUGAAGGCUCUUAACGAUAUCAAAAGUGGAGAUGAUUCGAAAAUCGCUGAUCUCAUUGCGCCA